GGACAUCUUCCGCGCAGCACGCAGCAUCUAUGGCCGUAGAGUCUGUGCGCUUCUAAGGUAACGCCGCGACCACCAUCACCAUCACAAUUACCACCACCAUCACCACCAGACACGCCUGACUUGUGCUUCGCUGAGCCGACUUAGUCGUACGCCGCUCUGUAGAUUUGGCUCAGUCGAGGCACACGUGGGCAUCUCGCCGCGCCUGUAUACUGUUCACGCAUCGGAGAGCUCAACAGAAGUGUGUGCACGCUUACUCAGCUUUCGGCGCGAUUGUAAUGAACAACAUACGAAGCACAGAAAGAAUCAAUGAGCAGGAGCUGAAGCUGGCGCUUGAAGGGGCAAGCUGGCACGAUGAGUUCAAAGACUCUGCAUACAUCUUUGUCGGAGGUUUGCCGCUGGGCCUGACCGAAGGGGAUGUCAUCACGAUCUUCUCCCAGUACGGCGAGAUCCUGGACAUAUCCUUGCCACGCGCGAAGGAGACGGGAGCAAAGAGAGGCUUUGGCUUCUUGAUGUACGAAGACCAAAGGAGUACAGUGCUGGCGGUGGACAACCUCAAUGGCGCCAAAGUGCUGGAUCGCAUCAUUCGAGUGGAUCACGUCAAGGACUACAAAGGGCCAACCGAAAAGGAUGAUGAGGGGAAUAAGAUCGAGCGCACUGAGCCAAGUCGGAAUGCUGCGCCAGUCGUUCUGAAUAGUGAGUGAGGGUGUGCACGAACUAUCAGCGCCUCGUUCGUAGCAGGGCUCGCCGGGAAGUGUGCGGCCUUCUCAUCGAUUGCAUCCGCGAGGCUGAAUAGCAGAC